AUGCAGAUCGGAAGUAGCGACUCUCACGACACCCGAGGGCUUGACGGCAGAUGUCCGGGAGCGCGGAGCGCACACGUCGCUCUCUUCACUACAUCGCACCACUGCGGUAGGAUCGGAGUGGCAUCAGCAGAGGAGCCAGACGGCAGGUGGCCAACACAGUUCACUUGUUCCUGCUCCGCGCAACCCCAGAGGCGACUUUAUCACUUAGGAGACUCACCUGAUUGCUGUGCGAGGAUGGGACCGCUACUCCCUUUCAUCGUGUUGUGUUUGAGCGCCGCUGUCCCACACCGUGUGAAAGCAGCAGAUGGUGAGGAACCAACUUCUCCAGGUCCUUGUCACCCAAACCCCUGCCACAACAGAGGAACGUGUGAGAUCAGCGAGACUUACAGAGGCGAUACGUUCAUCGGCUACGUGUGCAAGUGUCCACAAGGCUUUAGUGGAGUUCACUGCCAGCACAACAUCAAUGAAUGUGAAAAGGAUCCUUGUAAGAAUGGGGGAAUCUGCACUGAUCAGGUUGCUAACUACUCUUGUGAAUGCCCAGGGGAGUACAUGGGAAGGAAUUGUCAAUACAGUAAGUGAUCUGAACCACUG